GUUUACCUGGUGAACGCCCCGCCCCGGCCAAUAGAGGUACGCCGGGCCUCGUGACGUCGUUACGCAUACCAGGAGGCCUAAGGUAGAGGGGACGAAUCAUCCACCACCACCUCUGGAAGCCACGAGAACCCCACGGGGGCCAGCAGCCAGCAGCAGCCAGCGGCAGCGGUCUGGCCAGCCGUUCGCCGACGGGGUGGGGGCAGGAAGAGGGGCACCCUGGACCUGGCCAGACCAAAGAAACAACGCAGGAGUUACCCACCGAAACCCAUCCUGCAUUUCCCACCACCGGCUCGUCCGGAAAACGUGCGCCCAGCUUCCGGACGACGUUCCCGUCCUCCGAGUUCAGUCAAGUGAGUCGACUCGCACUUACUUCUCGGGACGACGAAAACGAGAUCGCAAGGGGUUCCGCAUCGAGUGAGAAAAGGCGGGAGUGUUGGCGCGUGCUGAAACGAGAAUUUAAAGAGCUCGGUUGCUAGGAAAGAAAAAAAAAAAAACAAGCAUUGGUCAGUCGAGGGCGUUCAGCCUAGAAUAACACAUCUCUAUACGCAGGGAAAUCCGCGUUAGACCCUCCGCGAUUCGGUACGACGACUUGAUGAUAUCCGACGUAGUAUCGUCCGCGCCGAUUCCCCUCGGUGUCCACAGGAAAAAGAGAAAAACUUUUCUCCGAUCCUUCGGCAGAUCGUAGUCUCGCGCGCGUCAAUUCACUGAUCGGUUGAUCGGUUCCGCGUUCCGUCUCGCGUUUUGUACGGUGAAUCGUCAUCGGUUGCGUGCAGUGAUCAUUGACGGGGCAACUACGGGAAUCGCAUCGGUGGUAAGAGUGCACGGGGAGGUGUGUGAUGCUCUGGUUAUGGUUAAGCGUGAGUGAGGUCAGUGGUAAGAGGCGGAGAAGAAGAAUCGGUAGCACAACGUCAUCCGGAUUGUCACCCUCGUCAUCGUUGCUGCCGCCGCAGCCGUCGUCGUCGUCGUCGUUCUGCCAGCCGUUCUGGAGACGACGAGUGCAGUGACCGCGCAAGGUCGACCUCGAGGCAGAGGCACAAGAUUAUGGUGCACCAUCGUCGUCGCCACGGCCUCCAGGCGAGCCACCACUAUGUCAUCGGGAGACGCGCAGGCGCCUCAUUCAACCCGAUCCUCCUGCUUAUCCUCAUCCUCUGUCUGCCCGUACUCGAUAGCGGCCUUGUCCUCGCGUGCGGACCCGGCAGAGGCGGCGGCCGACGGCCGAGCCAGCGGAAACUCACGCCUCUGGUUUUUAAGCAGCAUGUGCCGAAUGUCGGCGAGAACACUCUGCCAGCGAGCGGAAUCAGCGAGGGUCCGGUGUCUAGGGACGAUACCAGAUUUCGCGACCUGGUGCCUAAUUACAACUCGGACAUCAUCUUUAAGGACGAGGAAGGGACUGGCGCCGAUCGUCUUAUGACACAGAGGUGCAAGGAAAAACUUAACACUCUGGCGGUUUCGGUGAUGAACCAAUGGCCAGGGGUGAAGCUAAGAGUAACCGAGGGCUGGGAUGAGGAGGGCAAACACGCGGUGGAUUCCCUGCACUACGAGGGACGAGCCGUCGAUGUGACGACAAGCGAUCGAAAUAAUGCCAAGUACGGAAUGUUGGCGAGGCUCGCAGUUGAGGCUGGUUUCGAUUGGGUCUACUACGAAUCCCGAUCGCACAUCCACUGCUCCGUUAAAUCUGAAUCGUCUUCAACGGGCUCGAAAGGCGGCUGUUUCCCCGGAAAGAGUCUGGUCAUGACGGAGGAUGGCAGCAGGAAGAGGCUGGACGAAGUGCAGCUCGGUGAGCGAAUCGCCGCUCUAGAUUCCCGUGGGGUCGUCGUGUUUAGCGAGGUGAUCGCUUUCCUGGAUCGUUCGUCAUCCGAAAGGAGGCAGUUCAUCCGUCUGACGACCAAGUCCGGCCGUGUGCUCACGUUAACGCCGGCACAUCUGGUGCCGGUGGAAAGUCGGUCGAUGGUGUUCGCCGCUAAAGUGCAAACCGGCGACAGGAUUCUCGUGAGAGACAGCGUGACGGCGGAGGCGGAAAACGAAGUGGACGGCCAACACCGUCUACGAUGGGACACCGUCGUCGACAUGAAGCUGGUCCUCGAGGAGGGAGUGUACGCGCCGUUGACGAUGGCGGGCACUCUCCUGGUGGACGACGUCGUGGCAUCCUGCUACGCUCUCGUCGACAGUCAGUCGGUGGCGCAUUACUCUUUCUUGCCGCUGAGGAUCUGGUACAGUGUAACGAACUUCUUCCUACAUAGGUUCGUUGACGAUGACGCGCGACACUUUGAUGUCAGACAGCAAAGACUGGGCAACAACACCGAGGACUUUCGGUCGGCGGAAACGACGCAGGAAGGCGUCAAUUGGUACGCGACGAUCCUCUAUUCGCUCUCUUCCUACGUGCUGCCGUCGAAAAUGCUUUACAAUUAAAACUUCCCGGAUCCGUGAAAGUUGUGAGCACAUCGUGACAAGUGUCGAGUAAAUUAUCAAAGACUCAAGUAUUCGACGCAAGUGAUGUGUCCUGGAGACUUUUUGAAGUUUCGGAAAUUUAGUGUUCUUUAAUCAUCAAAACGUUGUCGAGUCUCUUUCCCGAAAGAGAGAGUUUCUUAUUUACGGAUCGUGAAUUACACGCGUGUCGUCAAAGACAGUAGCAUCUAAUCAAGGAGGACGACGGGGCUUCCAUUGUGAAGGUGUAUUUAAAGACGUCAUUGUAAACGAGAGACAUAAAAUUGGCCAGUGACCUACCGUGUUCACCGAAUGAUAUGUAGUAUAUUAGAGAUCCGACGCGAUAGAAAUUAGGAUACGAAUUAGAAGUUGGUGAAAACAGAGCUUUAGGGAAAACCGGAACUAUUCUUUUUUAUAAUUUAAGUGUACGUAUGAUGUACUGGUAUAUAAUAGAAAUAUCUCUCCUGUUCCUUGCGGAAGAGCACUCGCAAAUCCGCGCGUCUCCUCCGCAUAUUUGUGUUCGGAGCGUCUUAAAGAAGAUUGCAUCAUGUUGUGAAAAGUAUGUAUGAUAAUGAUCGCUGACUCUUUAUCAUAUAACGUUAGCCCAAUCAAUUUUUUGAUGUACAUGCACACAACCAAGUAGUAUAAUAGAUAAACAUAAUAUUUAAACAUUCAUUGUUGAAAUUAUAAUUAAUUUAGAUAAACGAAGAACUAUGUUAAUCUAAAGUGGGAUCUACAACGCGCUUUUAUGAAACGAAAAUACUUGUAUAUAGCCCACUUCUUUUUCAUUUCUCCCUCUUCAUUUAACUAUGAGAAGUGGACGUAAUCUGCUUCGUUUUUUCAUUCCAUUAACACAUUGCUUGUAUCCAUUAUAUAUAUUUAAUGUUAUUAACAUAAUUAAUGAUUUAAAAUUGUAACUUUAGGUCUCAGUUUAGCGCUACAUUUUUCUACACUCUUUUUUAUUUAAAAUAAAAUAGAUGUAGAUUCAAAUUUUCAAGGAAAAAAAAGAAAGUAACGUGCAGGAAGUGGAACAAGCAGAUCUUAUAGAUAUUUACCGUCACUAUUGUUUAUGGCCGUAACUAUCACAAGUACCUUUUCGCUGUAUAGUAGUGUUAAGUCGUAUCGCGUUACUGUCUUCUAUCAUAUUUUUAACUAUGGCCAAUUACAAUUGACGCAAAAGUUAAUUAAUUAUUUUAAUAAUAUAAGAACUACUUCACUGAGAAACCUAA